AUGGAGCAAGCCGCUGCUCUUCAACGAGCAGGCCAAAAUGCCUAUAAAGUUGGAAAUCUUCAAGGCGCCAUUGACUCUUUCACCCAGGCUUUGGCUGCAAACAGUGAAGACACUGGCAUUUUGGAUAAUCGCGCCGCCACAUAUUGCAGGCUGAAACUAUACAGCCAGGCCCGUGCUGAUGCUAGAGCUAUGGUCAAGCUUGCACCCAACGACGACCGUGGAUUCCUGCGCUUGGCCAAGGUCUUGUGUCUAGAUGGUAACUUUGACAAGGCCCGCGAUAUCUACGAAUAUGCCCUCCAGAAACUUCCAGCUGAUCACACAGGCCGCAAUGUCCUCGAGCAGUUGCUCAAGAAACUACAAGAUAGGCUAGCAGGAGGAAACCGACGCGAUCCAUUUACGAUCUUGCCACUUGAGAUCGCAGAACUCACGCUUCGUCGCUUUUCCUUCAAGCAGAUUGUGGCAAUCCUACGCGUCUGCAAAGGAUGGAACCAAUUUUUAGGCGGUCUGGCCAGCCUCUGGAUGCAUGUUGACCUCACCGGUGCUAAAUCUCGUGUACCUUGGACAUCCGUCCGAAACUACAUCCAUCGAUCACGAGCGCAGCUGACCAGUGCCACCAUUAUAAAUCUCGUGCCCUCUACUACGCCUAAGGUGCUUGACAUGUUAAGCAGAUGUCCCCAACUAGAGCACCUGGAAUUGAUGGUUCCUCAUGACCAGCCUAAAGAGUUCUAUCUGAAAAUUAAAGACUUUCGACGCCUAAAGAGUUUUGUCUGUGGAGCAGACAUCAGCCUUUCGCAUGCCUGUGUUGGGAGUAUAUUAAGGAGCCUCUCGAAACUCGAGAAAGCUGCUUUUCUCCAUGUUUGGGAUAAUCCUACUAGAGGCCCCCGACCCACGUCGACAUGGCCUCAGCAUCUACCAAAUCUGAAGAGUCUAACUAUUGCAUCUUCACAAGAAAAUGCUCACGGGUUGAGCUUCCCGGAUGUACUCCCGGGGUUGGGAUCGUCUGUGUAUCCCAAUCUAGCAGAGUUGCGGCUGGUCUGGGAUCCUGCACGAUCACAAUCAUACCGAUUUGAUCCGGUGCAAGAGGAGGAACAUCUCCCUCCAAUCCGCAUGCUAGAUCUUCGUGGUGCGGCCGUCCAACAAAAUUUCUAUUCAAUCCUUCCUACUAGCCUUGAAACCCUACGCUUUUUUUCAGGAUCCAUCGAGACUUCCCAUCUUGGUGGAAAUCUGUUCACCCCGGGAGAGAAUGAACUCCCAAACCUGAAGACCCUGAUAUUCAAUGAUACCCCCUGGGUCAACCACUCCACACUCUCUCUAUUCCUGAUCCAUUCCAAAGCUCCCCUUCGAACCCUUCAUGUGAAUCUUUGCCAUAACAUCAACAGUGAAGACUUCAUUAAUCUUCUUAACGAUCCCGAUGGAGCGAACCCAGAAUUGAAAGAAUUAACCGAUGUGGGAGUCGCAUGCAUGGCUGGCAUGGAUGAUUUGGGCGUCGGGAAUCUGUCGGCAGUAUUGCCAAACCUGAAAAUGCUUGACCUGUCGCAGACAAGAAUUACCGGCUGUACCAUUCGCAUGUUUGCGGAUGCCCGGAACGAUGAAACGGUCGUUGAAAAGCUCGAGGGCUUAAUCAUUAAAGGAUGCGACAAUGUGUCUCGUGAUGCCAUUGACUAUGGACGACAACAGGGACUCAAGAUUAUCACUUAG